AUGACUUUCCCAUUAAUUCGGGUUUCCCUCAUGAUUCUUACAGCCGCCGCAGGAUUCCGGUCAAUCGUGGAAAGUGAAGAUGCCCUCCUCAGACACUUAUUCCAAGGUUAUCAGAAAUGGGUGCGCCCUGUAUUAAAUUCUAAUGACACCAUAAAAGUAUACUUCGGAUUGAAAAUAUCUCAGCUCGUAGAUGUGGAUGAAAAGAAUCAGCUGAUGACAACAAAUGUGUGGCUCAAACAGGAAUGGACAGACCACAAAUUACGCUGGAAUCCUGAUGAAUACGGUGGAAUUCGUUCAAUUAAAGUUCCAUCAGAAUCCCUCUGGCUUCCUGACAUAGUUCUCUUUGAAAACGCCGAUGGCCGGUUCGAAGGCUCCCUCAUGACCAAAGUCAUUGUGAGAUCCAACGGCACCGUCAUCUGGACGCCCCCCGCCAGUUACAAAAGCUCAUGCACCAUGGAUGUCACGUUUUUCCCAUUUGACCGGCAGAACUGCUCCAUGAAGUUCGGGUCAUGGACUUACGAUGGAACCAUGGUUGACCUUGUUCUGAUCAAUGAAAAUGUUGACAGGAAGGAUUUCUUCGAUAACGGAGAAUGGGAGAUCCUCCAUGCAAAAGGGAUGAAGGGCAACAGGAGAGACGGCGUCUACUCCUAUCCGUUCAUCACAUACUCGUUCGUCCUGCGCCGCCUGCCCAUGUUCUACACCCUCUUCCUGAUCAUCCCCUGCCUGGGGCUGUCUUUCCUGACUGUGCUCGUGUUCUAUCUCCCUUCCGAUGAAGGGGAAAAGCUGUCCCUGUCAACCUCAGUGCUGGUUUCUCUGACCGUGUUCCUCCUGGUCAUUGAGGAAAUAAUCCCAUCUUCCUCCAAAGUCAUUCCUCUCAUUGGGGAGUACCUGUUGUUCAUUAUGAUUUUUGUGACCCUGUCGAUUAUUGUGACUGUUUUCGUGAUUAACGUUCACCACAGAUCCUCUUCCACUUACCACCCCAUGGCCCCCUGGGUGAAACGACUGUUUCUGCAAAAACUUCCUACAUUGCUUUGUAUGAAGGACCAUGUGGAUCGCUACUCUUUCCCAGAUAAAGAUGAAAGUCAGCCAGUGGUGAAAGGUAAAACUCUAGAAAAAAGGAAACAGAGACAGGUGAGUGAUGGAGAAACCGUUCUUGUUGCUUUCUUGGAAAAGGCGGCUGAUUCCAUCAGGUACAUCUCAAGGCACGUGAAGAAGCAGCAUUUCAUCAACCAGGUGGUACAAGACUGGAAAUUCAUAGCCCAAGUUCUGGACCGAAUCUUUCUGUGGCUCUUUCUGAUAGUGUCAGUUACCGGCUCUGUUCUGAUCUUUACUCCUGCUUUGAGGAUGUGGCUCCACAGUUCCCACUAGCAAUCCAGAGCCAUCUAAAAUACUAAAAAGACAAAAUUACACCUUAGGACUGACCUCCAGCUAGCUGUACAUACAGUAUCCAAAUGCAUGAGCUGCUUAGAAGGGCCUGGGUGGGACUCAGGGAAACUGAACAUUGGCAAAUGUGGGUUUGCCCACCGUAAACUCACGAUUGACACCGGAGCUUCUCAGGGACCCCGCCUUGGCUUCCCCAGACGUUCAGGGACUCGUAGGUUCCAGGCCUGACAUCACAGCCAGAACGCACUAGGGGUGUUGCUGGCUGCUGGACUGGAGGAGCCCCCAGAAAGCCACACUGAGGCCCCGCCAAGGAUGCACACUGGGAAUUCAAGACCGUCUCAGGGUCAAGCUCUUUGUUCGCUCAGACCUGGGCCUCCUGCGUCCGCUGGUGUCCUGGGUGGUUUUGCCCAAGUUUGCAGACUGGUGCUGUGUGUCAUGUUGCUGCAAAUCUCAACAACCAUCUGGGGGAAUUGCCCUGCUUGGACAGACCUGGCACAGCACACUGGUUUUCACGAAGAUUCCAAGAUGUCUGGUAACUGAAGUCCCUCUCCUGUCCCUACAAACAUGGUAUUUGUUGAAAAUAAUCUCUCUUGUG